CGCCUCGGCCCCACCCCGCAGUGUCCCUCGGGGGCCGCAGCGGGGCCCUGCGUACCGGGGCGCGGCGUUCAGCCCAGUCAGCUGUUUCUCUCCCUGGGCAGAGGGCGGAAGCCCGAGCAGCCCGGGGCGGAGCUUCGCGAGGAACGAGCGCCUCCCCCCCGAUCCCCCCGCCCGCCCGCCCUACGUGCUCGUUCGCCUCCGUCCGCUGCGCGCGAGCCCGGAGUCCCCGCGGCGGGCGGCGGCGGCGGCGUUGGCCGAAGGCGGAGGCGGCGGAGAGAGCCCGCGGCUGCCGCGGCGACAGCGAGAUGGCGGAGACCGUAGCGGACACCCGGCGGCUGAUCACCAAGCCGCAGAACCUGAAUGACGCCUACGGGCCGCCCAGCAACUUCCUCGAGAUCGACGUGAGCAACCCGCAGACCGUGGGGGUCGGCCGGGGCCGCUUCACCACCUACGAGAUCAGGGUCAAGACAAAUCUUCCUAUCUUCAAGCUGAAGGAAUCGACAGUGAGGAGGAGAUACAGUGACUUUGAAUGGCUUCGAAGUGAACUAGAGAGAGAGAGCAAGGUGGUAGUUCCCCCACUCCCUGGGAAAGCAUUCUUGCGGCAGCUUCCUUUUAGAGGAGACGAUGGAAUAUUUGAUGACAAUUUCAUCGAGGAGAGGAAGCAGGGACUGGAACAGUUUAUAAACAAGGUCGCUGGUCAUCCUCUGGCCCAGAAUGAGCGUUGUCUUCACAUGUUUUUACAGGAUGAAAUAAUAGAUAAAAGUUAUACUCCAUCUAAAAUAAGACAUGCCUGAGUUUGGACAGAAGAGGCAGAAACGAGACCAUUAACGAUUCAUCCACACCAAUGAAGAAGUUGUAACUAACUUAGCAUGCUGCACAGACACUGGUCCACCUGCCUGGGUAUACUAACACUCACGCUCCCUGUCAUCUCCCUUAGUCAUUUGCUUUAGUGGAACGCCCUCGUUGAGCCUCUCUGCUAGCUCUGCCCCGCCGUGUCCGUGUGCACACUGUAGCCUCACAAGCCCCUAGAACCCGAGUCCCUCACUAAAGUUGCUGACCUGGUCUUAUCUGCA